UUAUAUCCAUAUUCCAUGAGAAAGAUAAGGGCCCAUGAUAUAUGGGUUCUUCUUUUGGGGCUAUCACCGCCGAUUAACCAUAAACCUCUCCGCCAACCCCAACCGGCCGGCGGUGGCGCUGUAGCUCUCAUCGGUAAUCUGCAUCUCAGAAAGCAAAGAAAUAUAUAUGUUGUUCUACUCGAUGCUCUGUUUUUCAUCGUUAUCACAGACUCAUGUCUGUCUAAGACUGCUGUGACAUUGUACAAUGUUAUCAUUCUGAAUUUUGUUAAGGAUUGUCUUCUUUUGUUUUGUUUGAAGUUAAACAACUUCAUGGCUUGUAAUUGCAUUCUCAAUUCCUCAUUCUUGCCGUCGCUUCCUCUGUAUCAGCAUCCCAACUUGAGAAAACCCAAAACCCUCUUCGCAAUUUCGUGCAAUCUUGGGAAAAACCACUCAGGAAACCGCCGUGAGGUUAAAGAAGAUAAAGAAGAAUCGAUAUUCAAGAGAGCACCAUUGAAUUUACUCAAAUUCUCCGUAACACUAACUGUAAUCUCAGUUUCACUUCCACAACCCUGUUUAGCUGCAGCUAAAGUCUCUGAAAAGAAGCGUUUGGGGAAAAGGACUGAAGCUUUGACCCCCGAGGAAUUGCGAAAGUGGACACAAGGGCUUCCUGUAGUAUCGGACAGGCUUGCUUAUAGUGAAAUCUUGGAUUUGAAAAGGGAAAAUAAGCUUAGGCACAUUAUUAAGCCCCCCAAUGUCCGAUUAAAGCAGCAGCCGGAGGUUGUUUUGGCUGUUUUGGAGGAUAACAAGGUUGUUAGAGUAGUGUUGCCUUCAGUUCAGAGUGAUUCAAAAUUUUGGGAGGAAUGGGAUGAGUUGCAAAUUAAUGGGCUCUGUAUAAAUGCUUACAGUCCCCCUUUGAAAAAGCCAGAAAUCCCAAAGCCUUAUCUUGGGUUUUUGUCGGAGAUUCCUUCAUGGAUGUUUUCAUUGGUGAAGCCAAAGCCUCAGUCUAAGAAGGCAUUGGAGUUGAAGAGAGUUAGGGAGGAGUUUAGGCGGAGGAAAGAUGAGGAAUUGGCGAAGAUGAGACAAGACAGGGUAAUGAUGGAGAAGGCGAUGAACAUGCAAAAGAAAAUGGCAGCGAAGCAAAGAAGGAUGGAAAUAAAGAAAGUGAAGUAUGAGGAGUCAUUGCGCCAAGCGCGUAGGAACUCAGAAAGCAUGGCAUACAUGUGGAACCGUUUAGCUAGUGAUUCUAAUGUUUCCACAGCUCUUGGGUUUGUUUUCUUCUAUAUUUUCUAUCGCACGGUUGUUCUUAACUAUAAAAAACAGAAGAAGGAUUACGAGGACAGGUUGAAGAUAGAAAAGGCAGAGGCUGAGGAGAAGAAGAAGAUGAGGCAGCUGGAGAGGGAAAUGGCUGGGAUUGAGGCUGGAGAUGAUGAGGAAGAAGGAGGCAAGGAGGAUGACAAUCCUUAUAUGAAAAUGGCAGAGCAAUUUAUGAGGUCUGGUGCACGUGUUCGACGGGCUCAGAAUAGGAGACUUCCACAGUAUUUGGAAAGAGGUGUGGAUGUCAAGUUCUCAGAUGUUGCAGGGCUUGGGAAAAUCCGACUUGAGCUUGAGGAGAUUGUGAAGUUCUUUACGCAUGGGGAAAUGUAUCGCAGGCGAGGAGUUAAAAUACCAGGUGGUAUACUGCUUUGUGGCCCCCCUGGGGUGGGGAAGACAUUAUUAGCAAAAGCUGUGGCUGGUGAGGCAGGUGUAAACUUCUUCUCCAUUUCUGCAUCUCAGUUUGUUGAAAUAUACGUUGGGGUUGGUGCUUCUCGUGUUCGAGCACUCUAUCAAGAAGCAAAGGAAAAUGCUCCAUCUGUGGUUUUCAUUGAUGAGCUCGAUGCUGUUGGAAGGAAACGUGGUUUAAUCAAGGGGUCUGGUGGGCAAGAACGUGAUGCUACAUUAAAUCAGCUUCUUGUGUGCCUGGAUGGGUUCGAAGGCAGAGGUGAAGUUAUUACUAUUGCUUCCACUAAUCGGCCAGACAUUUUGGACCCAGCACUUGUAAGACCAGGGAGGUUUGAUCGCAAAAUAUACAUUCCCAAGCCUGGAUUGAUUGGCCGCGUUGAGAUUCUGAAGGUUCAUGCUCGGAAGAAGCCAAUGGCUCCAGAUGUGGACUAUACAGCUGUUGCUAGUAUAACUGAUGGAAUGGUAGGUGCAGAGCUGGCCAACAUCAUAGAGGUUGCAGCUAUCAAUAUGAUGCGUGAUGGAAGAACCGAGAUUACUACUGAUGACUUGUUACAAGCUGCACAAAUAGAAGAACGAGGAAUGCUAGAUAGAAAAGAGAGGAGCCCUGAGGUGUGGAAGCAAGUGGCCAUAAAUGAAGCAGCAAUGGCUGUAGUCGCUGUGAACUUCCCUGACCUUAAGAAUAUUGAAUUUGUAACAAUUGCUCCAAGAGCUGGAAGGGAAUUGGGGUAUGUACGAAUGAAAAUGGACCAUAUCAAAUUUAAGGAAGGAAUGUUAAGCCGUCAAUCUCUCUUGGAUCAUAUCACUGUCCAACUUGCGCCACGUGCGGCUGAUGAACUGUGGUAUGGGAAGGAUCAGUUGAGUACCAUUUGGGCAGAGACAACAGAUAAUGCUAGAUCAGCUGCACGGACUUUUGUACUUGGGGGCCUCUCUGAGAAGCAUUACGGCUUGAACAACUUCUGGAUUGAAGAUAGGAUAAACUAUAUUGAUUCAGAAGCAUUGCGGAUCCUUGAAGCUUGCUAUGAACGUGCAAAAUUGAUACUGCAGCAAAAUCGAGCACUUAUGGACGCUAUUGUCAAUACUCUUGUCGAGAAGAAGAGUGUAACGAAGCAAGAAUUCUUUAACUUAGUCAACUUGCAUGGAUCGAUCCAGCCUAUGCCAGCCAGCAUACUCGACAUCAGGUCCGCUAAGCGACUAGAAUUACAGAAUACUCUCAAAAACAAUAAAGAAGCAGCAGCUCUUCAAGGAAGUAGAUGAGGAUGAUCAUAAAUGCGAUUAAUGUUUCAGGUAUGUUUGAAGUCCUAUUUUCAGUAAUAUGAUAAAUUUAGUUCAAAAUUGUAUAAAAGGAUCAUACAAUUUGUGACAUUUGUUUCUCCUCCUCUAAAGUCUAAGAUUAUCGAACGAAAAAUUGUAUUUAGUUUUGAUUUACCUUAUUUACCAAAUCGAACUCAGACGAGCUUUUGUGAUCUA